GGCGGCGUCACCGCCGCCGAGGCUGCCGCCGCGCACGCGCUGCCGUCCGUGCGCGACCCGCCGCCUCGCGUCGCACGACGACGGAAGAGUCGAGCGCGUCCUUCCCGGCGGCCGAAGAGUCGUGCACUUCACGAACGGGACGCUGAAGGACAUCUCGCCGUCCAUGGAGGGGCCGAUAUCCACGGUGUACUUUACGAACGGCGACGUCAAGCGAUCGCACCCGGGGGGACGCGUGGAGUACUACUACAAAGAGGUGGACACCUGGCACACGACGCACCCGGGCGGCGCGGAGGUGUACCACUUCCCGUCCGGGCAGACGGAGGCGCACGGGUUGGACGGGUACAAGGAGAUCUUAUUCCCGGACGGGUUGCUUCGGAGGGUGUACCCGGACGGGCGGGAGGAGGACCAGCCGACGCGGUGA